UCGCGGGUCUUUUAAUCUUGGAGCGUCUUUGCAGAGCGCGUGGCCCCCGCCCCCACCAGAGGCACCCUUUAACACCGGCGCGUGGUGGAUGCCCGGAUGUGGAGAGGGCAUGUCGUCCCGGUCAUCCUGACAGCCCAGGACACGGGGACAGGCGAGCUGACAGACGGAGAGAUCGGGACCACACUGCUGGUCCCCGCGAGAGAAUGGUACCCCCCUCGAAGACCGGUCCGCCUCGGCGUCCCGCGGCUGCCGCGCGCUCUCAUCUGCGCACUUAGGAGUUCACAGGUGAGCGCAUUGAUUGAGGAGCGAUCAUGCCGGUGGAAGGCAGCGGCGGUGGCGGUGGCGGCGCUGGGGGAGUCGGCAGACAGCCGAAGCAGAAGCGCAAGUCGCACAGCCUGUCGAUCCGCCGGACGAACAGCGCGGAGCAGGAGCGCUCGGGGUCGCACAGGGACGCUCUGGACACACAGGACUCUAAGCUGCCCAUGUCGCUCAGGAGCAAUCUGUUGGACCUCUUCAGUCAGAUUGAGAGAGAGUUUGAAAACCUCUACAUUGAAAACAUUGAAUUGCGCCGAGAAAUAGAAACACUGAAUGAACGUUUGGCUGCCGAUGGACAGACCAUUGAUGGGGUUGAUUUGGCCAAGGGGGCUCUGAAAACCAAAGCCAGCCACAGUACGAGUCAACUCUCUCAGAAACUGAAGACCACAUACAAAGCAUCCACAAGUAAGAUUGUGUCCAGCUUCAAAGCCACCACAUCACGAGCUGUGUGCCAGCUGGUGAGGGAGUAUGUGGGUCACCGGGAUGGCAUCUGGGAUGUAAGCGUGAGCCGUCUGCAUCCAGUGGUGCUGGGUACUGCCUCGGCAGACCACAGUGCUGCACUCUGGAGCAUCGAAACCGGAAAGUGUCUCCUCAAGUAUCUUGGCCAUGCCGGGUCAGUUAACUCUAUCAAGUUCCACCCAACGGAGCAGAUGGCUCUCACAGCCUCUGGGGACCAGACAGCCCAUAUCUGGAGGUACAUGGUGCAGUUGCCUGCCCCAGUGCCCGUGGUUGACGUUGGGGCCUCUGGUGAAGAUGAGAUCGACUUCUCGGACAAGGAUGAAGCUGACGGGGACCCUGACGGCCCCAGUGACUGUCCCACCUUGCGGGUGGCCUCUACAGCCCUAAGGAGCCACCAGGGAGUGGUGAUCUGCGCUGAUUGGCUGGUGGGGGGCAAGCAGGUGGUCACAGCAUCCUGGGACCGUGCUGCCAACCUGUAUGAUGUUGAGACAUCUGAGCUGGUGCACUCACUGACAGGUCAUGACCAGGAGCUGACCCACUGUUGCACACACCCUGCUCAACGCCUGGUUGUCACCUCUUCCAGGGACACCACCUUCCGCCUGUGGGAUUUCCGGGAUCCCGCCAUACACUCCGUCAAUGUCUUCCAGGGUCACACAGACACAGUGACAUCUGCAGUGUUUACCCUGGGGGACAAUGUGGUGUCCGGCAGCGAUGACCGCACAGUGAAGGUGUGGGACCUGAAAAACAUGCGGUCGCCGAUAGCAACCAUCCGCACAGACUCUGCCGUGAACCGGAUCAGCAUCUCUGUGGGCCAGAGGAUCAUCGCUCUGCCGCAUGACAAUCGGCAGGUUCGACUGUUUGACAUGAAUGGAGUUCGGCUGGCACGCCUGCCGCGCAGCAACCGGCAGGGCCACCGGAGGAUGGCGUGCAGCACAGCCUGGAGUGAUGACAACCCAUCCUGUAACCUGUUCAGCUGCGGCUUUGACCGCCAGGCCAUCGGCUGGAACAUUAACAUCCCUGCGCUGUUGCAAGAGAAGUGAGACACUGAUCCCUGGUCAGCCAGCAGGGACUUGUGUGGACAAAUGUUGGGAUCAGCUUGGGGCAACUGCGAAAACAUGAGUUGCAGGGCUGCUGUUGGUGACAAUGCUGAUGACUUAUACUCUGUAUUGCCACAAGUAUUUCUCUGUCUCAUACACACAAACACACAUGCGCACAUAGACUCUGCAGCUCUGUUCUGCUGUUGUGACACAUAGAUUUUCCCUACCACUGGUCUGAAACUUGCCUUUAAGCUUUUCUCCCACACUGUUCCCACACACAGUUUUCAGAACUCUGUGGGUCAAAGAGGACAUCCCUGCUGUGUUUUAACCUUACCAAUCAGCUGCUGUACUGUUUUAGCUGCAUGCUGUGUAUUCACAUCCCCAGGCUCAGGUUGCGAUGUAGAUGCCCAGAAAUGUAGUUGCUGCUGGAUUGGUGUUUUAGACUUUCUCUUUCUGAAUUGGGACAAAUGACUCAAUCUGGAUUGUACUGGGGCGUCAUCCAGAUUCUCCACCACAGGAACACUUGGAUGUGUGUUCACCGAGCAAGGACUCAAUGUCUGCGGGGGGGCAGAAAUAAAGUAGCCCUUUGAGCCAUCUGACUUUGUAAGUUAGGGGAUCACUUUGUGUGGUGUUCCUCAGUGGUUGCGCCUGUAGAUGAGGGCAGAGAUUCUUCUGUUUUCACCUCCAGUACUCUCCAUACAUAUGUUCCUGUCACGUAAAUAAUGUACCAUGCCUUCCACUCAGCCUCUUGUGAUGGUUUAUUUGCUUUAAUGGGUCCCAUUUGACAGCUUGGACAUGGAUACUGGGUGGGAGGCAGCUGGAGCGUAUUGUUUUGCUGUGGGUUUGUAGUAUCACAGGGAGCAUGCCGCCGGGAUUCACCACAUCGUCUUGUGAACUCGGAGCAGACCCAUCAACUUUCCUUCUGCCUUCAGGGGAAGACGGAUUGAACCUAAUGGGGUCCGGUGUGUCUCGAACAGUAACAUUCUACAAUAAGCAAAAUAAGUUCAGAGACAUCAAAAUUACUAUAAUCAGUCAUAUUAAACGCAAAUGAAAUAUGAGAGGUGAUGUCCGUAUGUUUCUUUUUUUAAACAAGUAUUUCCUUAAGAGGGAAUAUACAAUUCGCUGUGUGUGUGUGUUGGCUGCACUGUGUGUUCAUGGACAGGGACUUUCUGUGUCAUUUCAUUCUGAGGAAAAAAACCAACAAUAUAUUCAUGACACUGUAUUGAAAAAUGUGUAUUCAUCAUGAGUGGGGGUCACUUAGCGAAUGAUCCCAGAAAGAGACUUAACUUGACCAUUAACAUUAGUGUAAGGAUAGCAAAAGCGUUUUAAUAACCUAGUGAAAUGCAUGUAGUGUUUCUCAUGCACAGAGUGGGAUGUGACCUGAUAUAAAAUUCAGUUCUCUGUCACACACACGAAUCCUUACGUGUUUGAAAUGUCACAUGAUCCUCACUGUAUAAUAACAGUGGUAUUAACAUGAUUGGGCCAAUAGUAUUAUUUCAUGAUUUUAAGUCGUAUAAUACAGUCUCUGGAAACUAACACUUCGAUACUUAAGCAAUUAUACAUGGCUAAUAGCUGCUUUUUAAAAUAAAAGAACUUUUUCGGGGUCUAUAUACUAGUAUAUUGCAGCGCAUUUUAAACAUAUUUCAUAUUGCUUUUGACCUGCCCUCCACGUUUACAUGUUCCCCCCAAAACAGGCUUUUUAUUGUUUGCUGCUGCUUCUCUUAAACAUUUCAUGGUUUUGAAACUUGUUUUGCCUUUAUGAAAUCCGCUUUAUACCUUGGAUUUUUCUGAUCUAUGAUGACAACCGAAGUGAAUAAUGUGACUUCAGUCUAAGAUGUCCAGGCUUAUUUUAGGUGUAUUUCGGAGAAUAAAUUGCUGGGAAACGCUUGUUUCGCGUUCUGUAAGAUGUUUAUAUUUCAUUCACAACAGCCUCUUAAUUAUUUUGGAUUUUAUUUUAAAACUCCCGAAAGACGGCUCAACCCUCCACGUACUCGCGAGACUAUCUAGUUAGCCAGUGCUAUUUUCCCGCGCGGUGCCACUUCCUGUUGUCGCGCGCCGAGUCGAGCCCACAACGUUCCCGCAACGUUCCCGCAACAUCUGUGUGUUGUGUAAUCCGCCGAAGGCGCAAUUUCGUCGUGCUGUAUUAGACAACAGCGCUUUAAACGAGAUGUGUCUGAUCCGUGAAAGUGUAAAACAAAAAAAAAGUUUCACCUGCCUCAAUCACACGCGUGUCUUCUAGUAUUUGCCCUCAUAGAAAUGCACUGUCUUUUCAAAUUUAAAGUGAAGACCAGUUCUUGACAUAUUUUUUCCACAUUUGCCAGUUUUAUCACUACCCUGGGAAGGUGUGUGUGCGCGUGCGGAAGUGUGAAUAAGCAUGUAACUCUGAUGGUUUGCAGAUCAGAAAUCCACCUGAGUGAAAAGCCAUCUUAUGACUAUUGAAUUUUGUGUGUGUGUGUGUUUUGCCCCUUGCUGAAAUGGGUGGUGUUCACAAAUGUUGGCGCUAAAAAAUAUACUUUUGGUUCAUUUUCACUGCAUUCGCUGGUCAGGUGGCUGAGCUCAUUGACCUCCAUCAGUUGGCUUCCUUCUUUUCACCUCUUC